AUGCCCCGGCCCUUGUACGGGCCCGCCCCAUGCGCACAAACCACCCCCAUACUCCCGUCCUUGUCCCAAACGCCCGGCGGGUGGCCCGGCGCCCGCGGCGCCAUGCAGCCCCCCGCCGGCCCUUCCCCCUCCCCACAGGCCGAUCGGAUCCCCGGCGACGCCCCGGCGAGCCCCGCGUCGGCAAAAGAUGCGGAAGAUGCAAAAGAUGCCCCCCGCCGCAAGAUGCUCGGGCCCCAGGGCAGGCGACCGGGAACGCGGCGCAAACAGCGGCGAAAGGGGGCGAGCGGGAUCGGAUCAGGGCACGGGGAGGGGGGUGAUUUGGUGCUCAAGCCGCCACGCUACCGGCACACGCCCAAGAACACGUACGUCAAUCGGUCGCCGGCGCCGUUCAAGCGGUCGGACGCGUACGUGUGCGACUGCCGGUCGAGGGAGCUGGGCGGGCUGGAUUGCGGCGAAGGCUGCCUCAACCGCUGCGUCAAUGUUGAAUGCACGCCGGGGUGCUGCCCCUGCGGGGAGCGGUGCCAGAAUCAGCGGCUGCAGAGGAAGGAGUACGCGGAGACGAGAUUGGUGAUGACAGGCCCCAAGGGGUGGGGCGUGGUUGCCGACGAGGACAUUAAAGCGGGAGCACUCAUUACGGAGUACGUUGGGGAGGUUGUCAAGUUGGAAGAAGCGGAUCGGCGCAGCCGAAAGUACGAGGCAAGGGGCGACAGGCACACCUACAUCAUGAACUUGAGCCAAUACGAGGUCAUUGAUGCAACAGAGGUGGGCAACUUCUCGCGGUUCAUAAACCACUCCUGUGAACCCAAUUGUGAGACUCAGAAAUGGACGGUACGGGGGGAGAUGAGGAUUGCAAUCUUUGCGAUUAAAGAUGUCCCAAAGGGCAAGGAGAUGACUUACCAUUACAACCUGGACUGGAAUGGAGGUGAACGCGUCAGGUGCUGCUGUGGCUCCGCCAAGUGCCUGGGAUAUCUUGGUGCACAAUCUGCAAUGUUCAAGCGAAUGAUGAAACAAGAGCAGUUGCUGGAACAGCAUGAGGGAAAUGUUGAGAUCAUGCAAGACAGCGACGGGGAAACGUACCUGGUUGACAAAUUGGACACCUUUGACUCUGAUUCUGAUGUACUGGAAGCCGAAGGGCAGGACCAGCACUGCAUGGAUGGCACACAGACUGUGAAUGGAUGGCAGAAUGUGGGGCCAGACUCGCAGAGCAAAGACAAUAUGGAGAAAUGCCGGGGCCAGGUUGCCAAUGGGUGGGGCUCAGGUUCAGGCACAUCUGAUCAGACACAGGUGGAAGGCGCAAAGGGAAGCCAGCGACAGGAAGAGGCCAAUGGCCUUGAAAAUGGGCCUGCAAAGAAAUCUCCUGGUGCCGCUGGCAAGAGGGCGGUGAAUGGCUCUAAAAGAGACGUGCAUCCUGAGGGGUUGGCGCAGGCACCGAAUCGAUUGAGGGACAGGUGGGGGCUUGAGCAGGAGGUGAUGGUGAAAAGGAGGCGGAGGACGCCAGCCACGUUUGUUGAGCUCGCUGACGAAAAGCAUGACGGCCAGGAGGGCCAAUGGAUGAAGCGCCGACGCAUUCUGCAAGGUGGUGCGUCUCCUGGUGGUGCAGAGCACAAGGAGUCGUCGAACAUGGCGAUGAGAUCGCCACCUGUGCCAAGUGAGGGCCCCAAGCCUUGGGCUUGCACGGUCGCUGUGCCGACUGCUGUGGCCAAGGCCAGCAGUGGGGUACCUGCCUGCCAAAAGGAGUCUCUGGAUCACAAGCGCUCGGGGCGCCAUUCUGGGUGGUGGUCUGCACAUCAGCUUCGGGGUGUGGAUGGUACCCCUCGGCUGCAGUUGGUUGGGCAGACCCAAGGACAGCAGCUUAUACCCAACCUGAGGUCGCUUUAUGACGACCGUGCGCAGAAAGGGGCCAGGCAAGGAUCGCAUAGGUGCAGGAGUCCCAAGGCAUCUGACCGAAGGUGGCUUGUGAAAGACAAGAGGAGUAAGCGCACCGCCAAACAAGCUCGCCAGGUUGGGAGGAGUGACCCAUCAGGCCCCAAACCUGCUGGUGGCGCACGACAAGGGAUCACUCCGGCGCUGGCCAAUGGAUUAUGGGGCAAGCCUGCAAGGACCAGCCAUGAUGAGAGAUGUUCUACGGUAUUCAAUGCAACAGCCCUCAGUUGCGGCGCUGGCUUGCCAGUGGCCUCGGCACCACCCUCUCAGCAACUGCCAUGCACUGCUCCUCCUGAUCAUCGCCUGGCUGUGGCCACUUCGCAGAAUAUCAUGUCCAGCCCCAUUGAUUACUGCAGUCUUUCGUUGGGUGGUCACCCCCAGACGAGGCCGGGGGGCCUGGCCUGCCCCUCGGCCCUCACCUCGGCCCAUGGCCUGUGGGCUGGUGGGCCCACGUGUGGACCAAGCACAGUGCAGGAUCAGUCCCUUUUUGGCAUGCAGGGAGCAGGAGCAUUGGGCCCCAUGAUGACUGGGGGAUGGCAGGGACACCCUCAAGAUGGCACACGAUCACAAUCCAUUGCAGCUGAUACCCUGGGUGCUGCGUCGCAAGCUGCAUCACAGAGCAUCAUUCCCUUGGGAAGGGAAGGGACAACGGGGGAGGACAAUGGGCCACCGAACGGCCUGGGCAUCCGCUGCGACCAACCCCUGGAACGCUCGAACCCUGUAUUGAGGUUGCGGUCUGCUCAGGUCCAGCCAACAGACCCUGUGCCAUCGCCCAAACGCUUGGAUGGCCGAUGCAAGGAAUUUGUACUCCAACGGACUCCACCUGCAACUGUGGAUCGGUGGACAUCAGCAGGCGCUCCGGAGUUUCAGGGGACUGACAAAUUGAUGGGAUCAGAUGGAGAACACCGGCACGAUGCAUGCAGGACAGAGGUGGUAAUGCCAGAAGUUAUGCUGGAACAAAUUUCGACAAUAGGCCCCUCUCAAGAUGCCAAUGCUCUAGCUUCGGACAAUGUGUUCCCGUUGCCACUGCCCAAAGGGGAGACGUCCCAUGGUCGUGCAGCGGGGAACUCUUCGUGCCAGCUUUCGAUGCCUCUAUCCCCUGCCAAAGCUCCAGAGCAGAUGUCGCCUCAAACCCAACAGCAGCUCGCCAGCGGCGCUUGUUCAUUAAGCUGUUCCCAGUCUCUCCCCUCUGGUGCGCCUUCACAGCGCCCCCAGCAGCACAUUACAGGUGUUGCAGGUGCAUUCAGCUGUGCCCAGUAUUCCACUGCUGGAACACUACUGGGAGAAACCCAGCAGCAGCCCACAGACAUGACGGGUUCACCCAGCCGUGCUCAGUAUGGUCCCCAUGGAGCGCAUUCGCAGUCCCCCCAGCAGCCCACCAAGGGCAUUGUGGGUUCAUCGAGCAGUUCUCUGUACUCCAAUGGGGGUACACAGCUGCAGGACACCGGGCACCAGCUCACAGGCACGGUGGGUGCGCUGAGCUGUGCUCAGACUGACGGUACCAAGCUGCCGUUGUGCGAAGGGGAGCAUGGCUGCAGGACGUCUUUCCCGCCAAGUGGUUUGGGGCCUGAUGCCGGGAUUGGUGCCGUUGGCACGGCAGAACUGCCAUCAAGCCCCCGUUUGACGGUCGCCUUAUCCACGCCAACGGUUGUGCCAACAUGCAUGGAACGGAGCGCUGCCAUGGAGCUGGAGCCCGUCAGCCAAGGCCAGCAUUGUGGCCAUCUGAAAGCGCGAUCUGGGAUUGGUAUGAGAACUUUUGUCGAGGGCGAUUGUGGGGCUUGUCCACCUGUGCGUGACCAGGGUUUACUAGGAAGCAUCGAUGGGGGCCUUGGGGCAGCAGAUGGACCUGUGUUGAAACCAAAGGCUUUGGUAGACACAGCGGCUACUAAGAGCGGCUUGGCAGACCCGGGAAGGGGGUCAACGUGUGGCCCGGCACCAAAAGUCGACCCGGAAAGGAGGCAGAUGGCUCAGCAUGUCCUCCAUGUGCUUGACGUGAUGGCCGGCCUGGAGCCUUGA